AUGGAUCUUGUUAUCGGUGGAAAAUUCAAACUUGGCAGGAAAAUUGGGAGUGGAUCGUUUGGAGAGCUUUACUUGGGUGUUAAUGUGCAAACUCAAGAGGAAGUGGCUGUUAAGCUGGAACCAGUGAAGACAAAGCAUCCUCAACUUCUCUAUGAAUCCAAAUUGUAUAUGCUUCUUCAAGGAGGAACCGGCAUACCUCAUAUAAAGUGGUCUGGAGUCGAGGGAGACUACAAUGUCAUGGCUAUCGACCUUCUUGGACCAAGUCUCGAAGACUUGUUUAACUAUUGCAGUAGAAAUUUCUCUCUGAAAACAGUGUUGAUGCUUGCAGAUCAACUAAUAAACAGAGUUGAGUAUAUGCACUCUCGGGGAUUUCUGCAUCGUGAUAUAAAGCCUGACAACUUCUUAAUGGGUUUAGGCCGCAAGGCAAAUCAGGUAUACAUUAUUGACUAUGGCCUUGCAAAAAAGUAUCGUGAUCUUCAGACACAUAAGCAUAUACCAUACAAGGAAAACAAAAACCUCACUGGAACUGCUCGAUAUGCAAGUGUUAAUACUCAUCUUGGAGUUGAACAAAGCAGAAGAGAUGAUCUAGAAUCACUUGGUUAUGUACUAAUGUACUUUUUGAGAGGAAGUCUUCCAUGGCAAGGCUUGAAAGCUGGUACUAAAAAGCAGAAAUAUGACAAGAUAAGUGAAAAGAAGAUGCUUACUCCAAUAGAGGUCUUGUGCAAGUUACAUCCAACAGAAUUCACAUCAUAUUUCCACUAUUGCCGAUCAUUGCGGUUUGAAGAUAAACCCGAUUAUUCAUAUCUUAAGAGGCUCUUUCGGGACCUAUUCAUUAGAGAAGGUUAUCAGUUUGACUAUGUAUUUGAUUGGACUAUAUUGAAGUAUCCACAAGUCGGACCCAGCUCUAGAACACGGCCGAGUGUGAAACCAGCCUUAAACCCAGGACCAUCUGGAGAGCGAUUAGAACGGCCUUCAGUCGGACAAGAGAUUCGAGAUAGAUUAUCAGGUGCAGUGGGAGCAUUUUCAAGAAGGAAUGGUUCUGGGCAUGGACUGCAUAAGGAUCUUUCCAAGCAUAGAUCUUUAGAUAAUAUGCCAUCUCCCAAAGAUGUGCAACCUGAUUCUGACAGGGCUCGUAGUUCUACACGUAAUGGCAGUUCUUCAAAAAGGCCUAUGAUAUCAAACAGCAGACCAAGCUCUUCCGGGGAGCCUAGUGAAGGCCGAUCUAGCCGACUGGUCUCGAGUAGUAGUCGUCUAUCUACUACUCAGAGGGUUCAACCAGGUUUUGAAUCCAAAUCAUCCUUCACCCGUGCCGCCACCGCAGGGACACGAGGCAGCCGCGAUGAUACACUCAAGAGCUUUGAGCUCCUGUCAAUUGGUACUGGGAAAAGGAAAUGA